UAUGCAGUGCUAAACGAUGGCAUAAUUAGAUCAGAGUCUGAUUUCAAACUAAAAUGCAAGGGAUUCGGAUUCAAAGAGAUCAGAAAAUAAAAUGUUAUCAAGUGCGUAAGGGAUGCCUUUGGCUGGUCUCUCAUCAAAAUCGAAAUUAAGUUGUCACGACAACUGCCACACAUGAUUGUUGUUGCUGCCUCUUGUUGCUGCUGAUACGAUUGGCAGGACGACCACCAGUUGCAUGUCCACUGGAAGCCAACCCCCUCGCUUUAUCCAUGAAGCCACCCAAAACAUUCAGUUCCAAACGGGGGAAAUCCAGCGCAGGCGCCCUUGUGGAUGCCAAGUUUCGUGGUCGUUUACCAAGUUUCGUUGGCAGGACAAAAAUGCCAGCACACAAUGCCAGGAUAAACAGUUCCUUGCGCGCUUUCAACUGCAAAGGUUGGACCAAAAAGGCGCCUAAAAUUCGUAUCCGAACGCGAGAGUAUCCCUAAGAGAAGACGAAAGCCAUAAAAACUUAACAAAUCCGCCAGUUUAGCACAAAAGGACGACGCUUAACUUUUAAUGACGCGACGGGGUAAUUUUAUUGCCAUGGUCGUGGCCUGAUAACAGUGUUAACAAAGUAGCCGCGUCAGCCGACAAAAAAGUUGCUCAGUUUUCCCUCGCCCCGGAUUCAUACCGAUUCCGUUGCCAUUUUUCGUUGAAAUCAAAGGACGAAAUCGUAAAAGGCGGCCAAGUGUUGGAAUUUAUGAGUUCACAAUCGUAAUUGAAUUUUAUGCGAAAACUUGGUGUCGAGUUUUCCUUGGGAUUAUUGUGGCAAUAAAACAAACACGCACGCGAACAAAAGGACUCCAGUCGUGGUCAUAACGAAAAUUGCCGCCAAAAAACAAGAAAAAAAAUAAACAUUCGAGAUAAAGCUCAUGAGCCGAACCAACUCUCAUCUGUAAACGUGGCCCACUGGAGGAAAGCCCAAUGAAAAGUUUGGUUGCCCCCGAACCUAUUCGAGUGGAGUAAGUGAACCCCUGCGGCUGCAAACACUCGCCCCGGAAAAAGGCCACCCACACACACAAACACACACACUCUAGUCAAAUUUAAUAAAGGCCGUGAGAGAGCGCAAGGGCUUUUCCACCGAAUGUCCUGAAUUGUCCUGGCAGGCAGCAGAGCACAGGACACAGCACGCAGUGCGACAAAAGCCGCCCGCAGCGUUUUUAUAUGCGCAUAUAAUUCACCAAGCGCCCGAGCUAGUAACACCCGCUGCCAAAAGUUAAUGCCCAGAAGCGAAGCCUCCACCACCGCCGCCGAAGCCGCAAUGAUAACCAACAAUAAUUUGGAUUAUGACCAGGCCAGUGCCAGUAGCCACAGUCAUAGCCACAGCAACAUCACAGUGGCAGGAGCAACAUCCACCAUAAGCAUGGCGGCAACAUCGGUGGCAAUGAGCAACAGAAACGGCAGCACCAGCAGCAGCAGCAACUCCUCGCCCACGGCAGAUAAUUCCAAUUCCAACUCUAACUCAAAUUCAAAUACAAACUCGAAUUCAAAUUCAAAUACAAACUCGAAUUCAAACUCCAACUCCAAUUCAUAUUUCAAUCGCUUUGACAAUCGCAUUGCUGCCAAUUUAGCAGCUGUUUUAACUGGCGCCGGGGCACGUUUUCGAUCAUCGUCCUGCAGCAAUCGUCAGUCAUCGAAUGGAGUUGGUAACUCGGCCAUGUUGAGAUCACCUUUGGCCACAAUUAGCCGAGGUAAGCCAGGUCUGGCCACGCCCUCAUCGCCUGCCAGUCUGGGAAGACGACGACCAUUGCAACUCUUCACUCAGGCGAAUCUCAACUGCAAUGACAACGAGAAGGUGGCCCAAACACCGAGCUCUGAUGAGGAUAAUUCACCCACGGAGCUUAACAAUUGCAAGCGAUUGGCAGACAAGCCACCUUUGGUCAAACGCCUGACAAUGGGUUUGCUGCGUCAGAACGAGGAGUCCCGCCCGCUGGUGGGUAACAUAACCCCCCUGAGCGCGCCCCUGGACGUUCAGCCGGUGUACUCCAAUGGUUACAUCAACGAGGACUCUUACAUCGACAGCAAGUUCGGCGACUCGUGCCGACAGUCCUUGACAGCCAUCCCAAUGCUGGAUAAUGUCAACCUGAACAAUGACAACAACGAGUUCAACCUGAAGAAGCGAUACUUAAGGGAGACGAGCAGUGCCAACUCCAGUCCCAAGAUCUUUGCCAAUCGCCUGCGGAUGAACCAGGUAGCUGGUGCCGGUGCCCAGCAGCAGCGGAGCAGCAGCCUAGCCAAUGCUUUUGGCCAUUUGGGAGCCGAGGAGGAGGAGGCCGACCUCAAGGAUGCCUGCUGGUAUCAGGCGGGCAUCUCACGGGACAUUGCCGUCGAGGUCCUGCAAAGCAAGAGUCCAGGUGCAUUUCUGGUGCGGAAGAGCAGCUCCAAGCCCGGCUGCUAUGCACUGACACUGCGUGUACCAUCGCCACCUGGGCCCAAGAUAGCCAACUAUAUUAUCCUGAGAUCCCCCAGGGGUUACAAAAUUAAGGGUUUUCGCAAGGAGUUCUCCAGCCUGAAGGCUUUGAUCACGCACCAUUCCGUGAUGCCCGAACUGCUGCCCGUCCCCCUGGCCAUGCCCCGUCCCACCAAUAUGUCGUCCUCGAGAAGGAACCUGGAUGACUUCGACACAUAUGACUCCCUGCAGAUGCUGCUGAAGUAUCUGCGCGCCAAGAACCUGGAGACGGAGCAGCAGCAGCAGUAGCUAAUGGUGGGAAUCGAUCAACUGGUGGCACAAAAUUACAUUUAGUUCCAGAGGAGGAAGCAAAAAUGUUUUGCUUGCAUCUAGAACCGAAAAUAUACCGCGAAAAUGUGAUAAUCUAUGAAAAUGAAAAACACACAGACACUGCAAAUGAAACGCCUAGCUGAUAAAUGGUGAAAGUAUCUAUAGUUUAGUUUAGUUCUGUUCUUGGUUGAUAUCUUGAAUUAUUAAUUGGAUUUGCAACCAUUGAGGGUUACAGAAAAAAAAGGAAGAAAAUAACAAGCCGAACGAUGAAAUUCUAGAAAUAAUUUGCCACCAAAUAUUUGAAUUCUUCGAUUGGUUUGCCAAGAGUGUUUAUUUUUACAAUUUCCUUUCUGCAUUUUCAACUGCAAUCCUUAUGAAAAACAUAUUUCCCAAGUAAUAUAAAAUAUAAAUAAAUAUAUAUCAAAUAUGGAAAAAUCUAUGUUAAAUGUUGUUGCCGCUUUCCACUGUUAAGCAUAAAAUAAAUAUAUAUAACUAAUUGAAAUGCAUAUUUUAAAUGUAAGCGAAACACAGACCCCGAAACAUGUAAAUAACUCACUACCAUAACACAUAAUUGAGUAAAUAAAGUUGUUUAAUUUAUAAUAAAAAACAGAGA